AUGUCUGCAAAUGAAUUGCCACACAACGAAUUGGUAUGGUGGAGAAUGACGAGAAAACAACGAUAUCUUCCUGGUCGUGUUGUAGAUUUGAAGCUAGAAGAUCAAACAGUAGGAUUGGAAAAAGAGCAUGAGAAGAUUCUAAACAAAUUGUUAAAGCCAGGAAUGAUAGUUGUGAAUUCAUUUGAUGAUAUGAAGUAUGCUGUGUGCAAUACAAAUAAUGUUAAGUUAUAUCCAGCAAUACCAGAGGAAGAGCAAAGCCUACUAGAAAGGGAAUGCAUUAAAUCUUCAAAGGCAAACUAUAGGGCUUUGCUUAGAGUAAAGAAGCUAUUAGAAAUUAGGCAAUUAGAGCAAGUAAAGAAUAUAAAUGAUGAUAUCCAUAUAUCUCCUUUAGAAGUUAGUCUUAUCAAAUAUUUUAAGUAUAGAGAUUGUAUGAAGGGUAUCUCUGAAAGUAUUUACUUUUUUGAAACAAAUACAGCUAUUGAAAUACUUGGAACUGUUAUUAGUAGGAAGAGUCUCAAAACUGUGAUUGGUCAAAGCCCUCAAGCAUAUUCUUAUCUAGAGAGAUAUCUAAAAAGUGAGAACUGUAAUAAUAAUAAGAUAUCUUUAGAAAAUACAGAUAAUGAAGACUUUAGUAAUAUGACACUUGAAGCGAGAGAAUGGCAAAAUACCUUGAAUGAGAUUGUAGUUAAUAGAAAGGCAAUUUCGGAACUUUUAAGCUGCAUCCCAAUUGAAAUUUUAGGCUGCACAAAUAUAAACACUGUACCUACUAGUAAUAUUAAUAACCCUAUAGAAUGGGAAUCGUUAGUAUGUAAAGCAUUUGAAGAGAAAGGUAAGAGAACACAAGAUAGUAUAUUUAUUAUUGAAUACAUCAAAGUUUCUUUACUUUAUAUACAAGUUCUUGCAAGAACUGUUGCUAUGCGUGUUUUGAAUGUAUCAUAUAAUCAGAAAUCCGGAACAGAGAAGAAAGAACCCUAUGUUAUUGUUUUAUCACUAAGUUAUUUAUAUAGUAAUUUCUAUGAUAUAAGUAGUACUAUACCCACAAGCUUUAUUAAACUCCGUAAUGCUGAAGUUGGGCCAGGAGAUGGAGAACACUGGACAAAGUACUUGUAUAAAAACCAUGGGGAUUCUAAAGAGUUACCAGCUAGUAAUUCUAAUGAAAAUUCUUUAGAUAUGUUGUCAUUUUGUCUGAAAACUACGUCCCCAGAUACAAGUUCAACUAGGUUAUUCUACCGUGUUGGUAUUGAUAAAAUUAGUAGUCAACUUGUUCUUUCAAGUGAACUCAAGCAUGCAUACCAAAUUUAUCACAAUAAAUAUAGGAGAUCUGAUCUAGAUGAACGCUUAAAAGCAUUACAUACUAUAAGGUCAUCAUGCCCUACAAUGUUGAAGCUUCUUAAUGAAUGGCUAAUUCAUAGAAAGAGUGGUGAUGUACCUUUUGAUCACAUAAACUCAAUUGAACGUAUUCAUAAAAUAAGAGAUAUAUUAGGAUCCGUGUAUAAAUAA